AUGGAAGGCUCUUCGGGUGAUGGGUGCGCUCAGGCUUCACAAAAGUGUAUCGUUGUGAACUGUAGUCAGUCACGAUACCACGUGGUGCGGGCUGCGGCAGUAGCACUCAGGUGGUACGUGGAGGAUGAAGGCCGCGAUGAUGUUCCCUCCUCGUUCCACGGUAUCGCGCUGCGGACAGACACACAGACACUCGUCCAGCGUCUUUCAUCGCGGGGCCUUGCUUACGACCACGCCACUAGCCCACAGGUUUUAUGGCUUGACAAGAGUGUACUGGCGUCGCGUGUUGCCGCGUUGUCCUGUCGCCAUCGCAUCAACCACUUCCCCGGCAUGCACAUCAUUGCGAGAAAGGCGGUUCUUUUCAAACGACUCAUGCGCAUCAGGCGGCGGGAGGGUCUGUCCCCAGCACUUGCCGUCGACCUCGGCGCCUUUCCGUGGAGCUUCUCGGCGUCAACGGAGCUGACGCUGCUCGAGCGGUUCAUUGCCGAUCAGAAGCAACAACAACAACAGCAGCAGCAGCAGCAAGCGGCUUGGGAGCAGUUUUUUAUCCUGAAGCCGAGCAAAGGCUGUCAAGGCAAGGGCAUUGUGGUGACGGCGGAGCCACUUCGGACACUGGAGCGCACUAUGGGCGACACAACGGAUGACUACCUUGUCCAGAUAUACAUGACACCCCCUCUCUGCAUCGAGCGUAAGAAGUUCGACCUUCGCAUUUAUGUCUUGGUGACUUCUGUGGUGGUUGGGCGGCCCCCGCGGCGGGGGUUUCGCCCGUCACUUUUAGGUGCUGAAAAUUCCAGCAGCAGCAGCAUCAAAAAUAUUCUUGAGGGCUUGCACGUCUUUGUCCACCAAGAAGGGCUAGUACGCAUCUGCGCAGAGGAGUACAUUGCUCCUGACAGGACGAACUGCGAGCGUUCAAGUGUACACUUGACAAACUACGCCGUAAACAAGAAUUCGGUGGACUUUACGGUGGGACAGUCGACGAUGGGUGACAAGUGCGACGGUGUCUGCGAGGGUAACAAACGAGAUUUUACGUUUCUACAACAUUACAUCAACGCGCUCCCCGGGGGUGACGCCCCCUGUGCGGGAUCAGAAGACAACGCUGACACAACUACGAGGUGGGAACGCCUCCUGCGCCGCAUCGAUACCUGUGUCAUGUUGACAAUUCUCUCCGGCUGGGAGGAGCUGCAGCGGGAGUUCGUCGGCACCGGCGCGUCACGGGGCUCUCGCAGUGACGGACGGAACUGCUUCGAGCUGCUGGGCUUCGAUAUGAUGCUGACGGAGGAUUUGGAGCCAGUCCUGAUGGAGGUGAACCACUCCCCGUCACUCUUCUGCGAUACACCCUUUGAUUUUGAGACGAAGCGGCGCGUGGUGAUGGACCUGUUUCGGCUGCUGGAGCCCCACGUUCCAUCGAUGGAAGAAUGCGGCGACGUCUCGUACGCGGCGUACCAGGCGAAGGCGCGUGCGAAUGUCGGUGACGCCGUGACUGGCUUCCGGCACAUAUCCCCGAAUCGCAGCGCUGCUGCUGGUGGAGAAUGGAGUGGGGAGGAAAUGUGCGUAUUUGAAGAGUUUCUGCGGCAAACUCGGCAGAGGUAG